UCACCUCGCUGUUGACCAUCCACUCAACUGCGACCAACAACCAGCUGACUGUUGACCAUCAAAACACAAGAGCUAUCGGAUUGGAAAAUGGAACGCAACUCAACCAGAUCAACAACUACCUCGAUCUAUCACCAAGACAGCCUGGCUCGAGCUCACCAAUCGCCUUCGGACGAGCACCACACCUGGACUGAGCUCUUUUACUCCCAAACCAUUCCCACACCAACGACUGGUGAUAAUCAACCAACGAACUACUCCUCACCAACAAAGCACUACCGAACCAACUCACCUCAACUAACAAGCCAAGCUCCAGAACGAAAAACACAACAGCAACAUCAUCAUCACCCCCCAGAAACCCAGGAACAAGAGCAAUAUAAUCAACAAGCAGCACCGCAAGAAGACCUACAUCAUUAUCAGGAACCAUCAGAAAAUCAAAAUAUUUCGACCAGCACAGAUCUGAACAAUCGAGGACAGCGAAAACGACGGCAGGAUGACGAUCUAAGCUUUCAUGAGGAUGAUCAAGAUGAUUCCACCCUCUCUGAACCACCCUCCGAACCAGCGGCAAGAGUUGAACCCCAACCAAAACGAAGCAGAGUAAAAAAACCAAACAAAAGAAUCAAACAGUCUGCCAAACCGGAUCUACCCAAACCAACAGAGUUUGCCGACCCCGAGCAGAAUCUCAAUAAUGACCCCCAACCUACCGAAUCUGUGGCCUUACCUCCAGCCAAUUCAGUUUCAACAGAGCCCAGCAAACUAUCGAAAAUGACGUUCAAACGUAAAAAAAAUCCUCCUAAACGGACCAAGACCAACUCAACAUCAUCAAAACCCAAGACCCCUUCAACAGCUAAACCAGCCACACAUCGUCCAACAGCAGCAGAAGCAGCACCUACAGCAGUCUCAGAGGCACAGGAAGAGAUGGAUGUAACUCAGAACGAAGAAGCGCCUGUUCCAUCGAAUUCAAACCGCCAAUCACCAACUGAUCAACCGACCGAUCAGCAUCCUGAACCAACGCCUUCUCAUAGUGACCCCACCAAGCAGCAACAGCAGCAGCAGCCACUUAAUCGCCCAGAACUAUCGCAAGACCAAGACGUCCCAAAUCCAUCCAAACCUUUAACAACAACAUCUAAAACAACAUCUACUACUACUACAUCUCUGAAAAAACCGUCAAAUGCCAGUCAAAAUCCUUCCCAAACUUCGACGAAAAAACCAGUAAAGCCGAGCUUUAAAAAAGUGAAUAAAGCCGGAACUUCCUCAUCUGCAACAACAACAAAUGGUUUCCCAGGUUCCUCGACUACCUCAACCACAACGACUCCCAAACCUUCAAUCUCCGCUCCACUCAAUCCACCUCGAAAAAAAGCAGGUGAAUACGACCUCAAUGAUCCUACCACUUGGGGUGCCUUGUUUGGUGCUGGUGAUAAGAAACCGGCUGUUAAGCCUGUUAAGCCUGGAAACCUUCCUCCUCAAGCAUCGCUAAGUUAUAAUGGGGCCGCUGUCGAUCGUUUGGAAGCACGCAAGAAACAGCGCGCUCAGGAGAAGAAAACCUUGAAUCAACAGAUGAAGAUCGGGUUUGAUUUACUCAGACAGAAUAUCGAUAUGAUGGAUUUCGAGAUUGAGUACAAGAACCACGUCCGAGCGAUGAUUGAGCGACCAUUGAGUGCGGAGUAUCUACCGAUGGAGACGAAUGAGAGCAAGAAUGUUUCGAGCAGUAGUGGAGGUCUGACAGGCUCUGCCAUAGGAUUGACGAGCAGUAGUGGGGGCAGUAGUAGUCAAGGAGAGAAUAUGGCGGGUCCGGCAAACGUAUUCUUACGGCCGGACGGCUACAAACGUUAUCUCAAUCCGCCCCUCCCUCUUCCCCCUCCUCCUUCUUCCUCCGCCUCAACUACCAACAACAAUCCCCUUCCUUCAUCUCAAACUGUUCCUUCAACUCUUUCUCAUCAACCCCCCGGUCCUAUUUAUUCUUCCUCUUUCCCUCCCCAUCUUCCUCGCAAAACUCUCCCUCGACCCGGCAUGUUCGGCAGCUCGUUCUUCAUCUGGCAGCGCCCUCAUCUCCCUUAAUGUCCCCCCCCCCACAUAAAAACUCUCCGGUAACCCUUUUCAACUCUUAUUCUGUCUUUGCUCGAUUAAUUGGGUACAUUUUGUUCAAUAAUCAAAUAGAUACAAAGAAUUCUGCCAGUUUUCUGUUUUUGUCUUGAAAAUGUUCAUUCUUAUUUCGUUUUCAAACACACAAACACAUAUAUAUAUUUAUAUAUCCCAUCGUUUUUGUUUCCCUUCCGGAUGUUAUGUAAAUGCAAAAAGUAAGAUUGUACGUUUGAUAAUAAUCUGAGCAAUCAAAAGGUGAUGAGUGAUGAGGAGUAAACAAAAAUCCUCACACCAGCGCAUAUCUGUUUUCCACUUACUCUUUGAACUCAUAUAAUUCCCAGUCUUUGCAUGCAUCUCCUCA